AUUGCUACCAUUUUUCUUGUUGAUUGAUUCACAUUUCUUUCUUUAUCCUUUUUGUACUUUUACGUUUUCUUUCUUUCUUUCUUUCUUUCUUUUUAUUAUACAUCUUUUUUGUAUAAUAUGGUUCAGGCGUUAGAUCUUCCACUUUUAGCGUUGGCCGUUCCUAAUCUUCAGAAGCUCAAUGAUCUCUCUGCUGAUGAAUUGUCGUGCAUGUGGACUGUAUUUUCGAAAUGUAAAGAUAAUUUGGAGCAUGGCAGACGACUAGAAAAUAUGAGCUGGCGUUUGUGGUUUCGCGAAACCGCUUCUCAAAAGCAGACUUGCAACGAACCCCAUCCUACCCAGAACCCGAUUCCUAUACAAUCACCUUUAGGAUCGCCACAUUCCAAUUACUCGCUGAACGAGAGUCCCAAUUCGACUGCAGGUCCACAAACGCCCAAAGACCAUGAUCGACGAAACAGCUCCAUGAAACAAGCAUCCACUGCGUCAUUUAAACGCAUCAUCUCCUCUUUGGGAAUCAAUAAACCGGAUUCUCGACCACUCAACGUUCUCAGUCAUACCGAUCACUUACCUACCAACGUCAAAGCACUCUGUAACCCUAUAACACCCAUCACACCAGUCUCGUUACCCCAAGUACCACCCUCUGUACCUGAAUCGCAACCACUGAAUGCUCCGACACCCAUCACCGCUCGUCCUGGCAAAUUCUUUAUCUACGCUGAGGACGAAUCUGAUCAUGGCGACUAUCGCUUUUCCUCUGACGACGAUGAUGCACGGUGCGCUCGGAUGAUUUCGAGCAUGCGUAUCAGCAACAAUUCGUGAAACGAACUCCGCCAUGCGAAAAGCGAGCUCAGAGUUCGCUGCUAUCAAAUCUGUUGAAGCAACCAUUGCAACCACUGGCAUGGAACAAAGCACGGAUCACCACGCCUACCAUGCCGCGACAACGACCCCAAAGACGCACCAAGCGUAACUGUGUUUCACCGAUCACCGUUACACCAAAAUCCUUUGCCACCACGACCACGACCGUCACAACCACCGUUGACUUGUCAGAGAGUUUAAGGAAUUGUGUCGAUUGGG